UAGGAACCUCACAAGCUUUCUACAUCUUCAGAUGUGUCUCUAUUGAAAAUUUGAGUUGGCUCAAGGCAGCUUCUUAGUGUGUUGUGACCAAGUUAUGCUCUUUCAUUAUCUCCAAAGCCAAAUAUCUUUCCCCUCCUAGUGAUCACAACAAGUGUGGUACAAGCCAGUGCUAAUUUGAGAAACAUGGAAAAAAUUGAAGCAUAUGAAUCUACAUUAUCAUCGGCUCAAUCACAAGAAAUAUCCACUUCAGAUUCAUUAGCCCGUGCUUUAGGAAUCAAAGAGCAUUGUGGACGUGUUCGUGGUUUAGGUUUGGGUCCUUGUCCAUCUAAAGUCUUUGGAGUCCAUGCUCGUUCUCAUAGGGGAUCAUCUUCAGCUUCAGCUUCUAAUGUUGAAUUAGAAACUCAGGUGUCUUCAUUGACAGCACAAGUCAAUGAAAUGAAGGCAGUGAUAUCAUUAUUGUUGCAAAAUUAUCCGGGUCAAUUACCUUCACAGCUUGCUACCACAUUUCAACCAUCGAUAUCUGAUCAAGGAAGUGUGCCACAUGAUGGAUGUAACCAAAAAGAAGAACCUUAGACAUUUUGUCUUUAACUGUAUAAUCAUAACUAGGUAUCUGAUCAAGCAUUGCAUUACCUUGCUCCCAUCAAAACAUAGUGUUGUCCUUUCAAGACAAAAGUUAAUCUUAAUUUGGACAAGUCACAACUAAUGAUACUUUAAUGAUUAGAUUUUUGUUUCUAUUAAUGGUUACUACUCUUGUAAUCUGUACCUAGAACAUGACAUGCCACAGUAUAAAGUUUAAGGCUUUACAAUUUCACAAUUUUAAUGUGCAUAAUUGACA